UCGCCCCGGCUCAUACAUAAUAGAGACAAGGAGCAGGCUGCCAAGUCUCAUUGUCGCUUCUGUUGCGUUCCUCCCUUCACACUCUUGUUUACAUCCUUGAUCCAGAAAAUCCGCACAAGGUGGCUGCAGAUAGUGUGCGAUUAACGGGUGUUGGAGAAGCCCGGGAUCUGGAUCCGGCCCUUGACUUCCACGAUUCGGACGAUGAAAUGCCCAUGAACCGUCCUGUCAUGCAUCGACCCCCUGACGGCCGCGCCCAACAACCGCUGCUCAAGGAUGAGCGUCGCGGACGGCUGUCGAAUGCCAGCCUGGGCACUGGUGAUGCAGAAGGCAGGCCUAUGCUUCACCAUUCCCGGCGGCCGACUAUCCGCGGCAGUAGUCCCGAGCACACCGCGGAGCAGGCGACGCGCCAAAAAUACUUGAUUGCCUCGGGGUUUCUGCUUCUGAGCCUGGCUAGUUUUGUGGUUCAGACCGAGACCGCGGUAUACAUUCAGCACGAGCUGCACUGGGACAAACCAUAUUGUAUGCUCUAUCUCACACAUGGUUCGUGGGCGCUGCUGUGGCCGUUCCAGCUCCUUAUCCUCCGCUUGCAGAAACGCAAACUGUCUUGGGCGGCGUUCUGGCGCCGGCAUGUCUACAUCCUGCGCACGACAGCAAAAAUGGUGGAGACCCAGGAUGUACACCUCACGUCUCGUGAUUCUCAACGAUCGCCUAUCCCGUACAUGCUCCGAACAACGGCGUUUGUCACCACCGCUCUCACAAUCGCCGGAGGCUCCUGGUACGUUGCAGUCAACAUGACCACGCCGAGCGACCUGACCGCCAUCUACAACUGCUCCGCCUUCUUCGCGUAUGCCUUCUCGAUCCCCCUCCUCAAGGACAAACUGCGGGCCGACAAGAUCAUCGCGGUCGUGGUGGCCAUCGUCGGGGUGCUCGUGGUGGCAUACGGGGAUCGCGACGACGGCAAGAAAGGCAAAGCGCACGACGAAGCCGAAAACCGGUUGCUGGGUAAUAUCAUCAUAGGUAUCGGCAGUGUGCUGUACGGUCUGUACGAGGUCUUGUACAAGCGGUUCGCAUGUCCCCCGGAGGGCACCAGCGCCGGACGCAGCAUGAUCUUCGCGAACACUUUUGGCAGCCUCAUCGGAUGCUUCACGCUCCUUGUCCUGUGGAUCCCCCUGCCCUUUUUGCACAUCAUUGGUCUGGAAACCUUCCGCUGGCCGACCGGAGAAGCGGCCUGGAUGCUUCUGAUCUCCGUCCUUGCCAAUGCCACAUUCUCCGGCUCCUUCCUUGUCCUGAUCUCCCUGACCUCGCCCGUCCUCUCCUCCGUAGCCGCCUUGCUGACCAUCUUCCUCGUGGCGAUCGUCGACUGGCUGCGCACCGGCCAACCCCUGUCCCUGGCCUCCAUCAUCGGCGGAGUCCUCAUCAUCGUGGCCUUCUUCCUCCUCAGCUGGAGUACCUACCGCGAGAUGAACGAAGAGCGCAAGAAGGUUCUCGCCAACGAGCAGACCGAGUCCGACUCCGAUGACUGAAAACUUUACAGCCUCUAUAAUACCCAGAGGGGCAUGCAGGCAGCUGCGCCUCAGCAUUCCACCAUUUAUAUAUUCUAUCGAUCCAUUCGCCGUUCCGCUGGUAGAGACGGGCCUCUGGGUUUUCCCUCGUGCGUCAUAUCCCUGCUAAUUCAUGGACCUCUGUUGUAUCUUCAUGUGUGCUCCUGGCUGCGAGACCAUCCUCACUCACCCAUCAGCUCUCUACUUCACACCGUCUCUGU